CGCAUGUACAUGUAUGUAUGUAUAUGCUUUAGUAACAAUUGAUGAAUUAGAAAAUCAAAAACACAUAAAUAAAUAAUCAAACAAAAUCGACUUGUAUGGUUCCUUUUGUCUAAACAGUUCAAACAAAAUAAUUAUAAUAACUUAAAUGGUUCCUUACUAUAUUAAAAAAGUAAGAUCGGCGCUCUAUCAACAUUAUUUGUCAUAGUUACUUUCGAACAUCACGUGCAUAUUGCAAGCCCCUUCAAUCAACGUAUAAGCAUAUGUGUUCUUUGAAAUGGAACGUAUGUGGCGCAAAGUUAAUCACAGCUUUGGUGGUCGUUCGUCAAAAACAGCAACCGUCACACAAGCUGCUGACACAACAAGUUCGGGGGGAGGUAUUUGCGAUGGCAAUAUGGGAAUGACAGCUGCGAGUGGAAACAACACUGGCAACAUGCCCUCCAGUACUGCCACUGGUCGUCGCUUGGCAGCAAGCGGUCUAAUUACAGUAGGCAGUGGACCAACAACAGCUACCGAGGGAAAGAAUAUACCAUCGCAAUAUCCAAAAUCUCUGAGCCAACACGUCCUCCAUAGCCAUGCAUCAUCUGAUCGGCGCAGACGACGUCGUCGUAAAAGUCGUUCGCGACGAAGUGGAGUCAGUUGUGUCGGAGGAGGCGGUGGUGAUAACAUGUCAUCAUCUGGUGGUUUUUACACAAUAAAAGACUCUUCUGAUGCCACAAUUGGAAGUCACCGUCAUCACCGCCAAUUAAGGCUUUCGUCAAGCCGGGUAAUGGCUACCUCUGCACCCAGUGGCACAGUUAUGAUGUACCCUAAUACAGGUCGGGAAGUGGAUUCUAGCCAAGAAGCAACGGGUACUACCACUACAGCAACAGCAACAGCCAUAUCAGCUGCUCCAGACAUAUCGUUACGGCAACGAGCCGUAGCGAAACUUCGCAUGUUCAAUUUUCACCUUAACUGGGAUUUGCACAUGACUCAUUGCAAGCCAUGCGGCCCACGACUUGGAGGAAGUGGCAGUGGUAAUAUUAUAAUGCGACGGUUAUGCCGGAAUCGACGGCAUGAAGAUAACGAACUUUAUCGCUCUAAUAGCUUCAAAUUCGAAAGAUUCGAAAGAAAGGAGUGUAUCGAUGAACUAACAGAUACGAUGAAAAAACAGAUUGCCAUCUGUGACGAUUACAGUUUACCAGUUGAUUUUGUUAAGAAACGGCCGUCCAGCUUUGAUCCAUGCUUAGCAGAAGCUAUUCCAACCAAUCCAGAGCAUUGGAUUCAUCCUAGUCCACACACAGAAUUUAUUACGUUAAACGAAAGGAAAGAACCUCAAUUUCAAGACUUGGAAGCACUACCACCUCCACCACUAUCAGCAUCUUUAUCAACGUUACCGCCAAACAAGACCACUUUAAAUAUACUUCCAUCUACACAUGUUUCGAAUAGCAUACAACAUUCUAAUCAAUCUGAACAUACUGACCUACAAGCAUUAAACAACCACUCUUUUCAAUUAAAAUCACAUAACCAGACAAAUCAAACGCAAUCGCAACCGCAACCGCAAUUCCUUCUUCAACCACAUCCUCCUCUUCCCACAACAGUAAAGCACGCAUCGAUUAAACUUAUCGAAGGUUACUCAGAUCCUAAAGAUUCCAAGCGUCACAAGAAACAGAAACAAAAGAGAGUAAAGCGAAGGAUAAACAAACAUCAACGACCUGCGCAUCAGAUUAGCGCCGCUAAAGAUCAAAAAAUAACCAAGCGUUUUAAUUGCAGUUCAGAUUCAUCAGGUCCUAAGUCUUCGGGUGAUGAAAAUAAUGAAUCAAUAAAAGUUCCUGAGCUUAAUUCACCUGAUAGCAUUUCUGACGACCUUGUACAAGCAUUACCUUCGCAAUUAUAUCGAAGCCCUCGUAAAUUGGUAGCUGCCCCAUCAGAUACUAGCAAAAGAAAUCCGUCACCAUAUUACUACUCGGACAUAUUAAAACCCAAAGAUAACGAGAUAGGACCGCCCGAUAAGGAUACAAAAAACAAAAGCCGUCAAUCAACUGUGUCUGAACCACCGCAUUUGACACAUUCAUCUAUUGAUAUAGGUUUUUAUCGUAAAAGUACAAGUCUUGACAUACCAGAGGAUAAAGAGCACGAUAAUAAUCAGAUUGAACAAGAUGGAAGCUCUGCAAAGCCACUCUUAGUGUCAGACAUUGGUUCUAUUGAUACACCAAAACGCUACUCAUUUACUGAGGAGGGAGUACAUAUAAUUCGUUGUGAUUCGCCUACCACUUCAACUUCUGAAGAAUCUGAUUGUAGUGAAUGUCAGAAGCGUAGACAGUGGCAUGCAAGGGCUUUAGCUUUAGUUCGAAAAACAUGUAAUAUUCAGCCAAUUAACGCAGGUGUGAACACAGGAACUUGUAUUCAUCAGACUGCAAAAUUACAGGUUCUGCCAGUUGCGGAAGACAAUUCGUCGAUGCCUCCUCAUAAACAGUUCGGACCGGCAAUCUGCGCCUGUGUUGCACCGACUGUUGGAGACGACAUUGACGAAUUCUUUCGACCACGUAGUAUAUUUUAUGUCCAUCCAAAUGGCGUACAUGAAUGCCCUGACUGUGUACCAGACAUAAGCAAUUUCAAAUCCUCUAUUGGAAAUGUGUUUGAAGAGAAUAGUGAAACUCAAUUAAAUUGUACAAUUGCUGAGGCAGACGACGACGAAAUGUCUAGCCGAACACGACAAUUGUAUGAGACAGCGUUUGAUUGUAAAAUAGCUAAAUCGGACGACGAUCUUGACGAGGUUGAUCGAGUUACAAACCACUCUGUAUUAUUUCAGCCGAACAGUAGUACUGAUGCAGUCAUAAAGCCUGAGCCUCGCCCUACAAAAACUACACAAGUGAAGUCUCGUCUCGAAGGUAAGAGGUUAAAAAAUUCAAAGAAUCAUGCCAUACAAGAGAAAAGCAGCAACUCUGGCGGAAAUGCCAGUGGAAAUGGUUCGCCACUCUCGACUUUCCCUCCAGAAGGUGACCCUCCGAAAGAUGCUGACUAUGAAACUCAUAUUUUAAAAAUAACAGCAGGCAUCGAGAAAGUACUUGUUAGCGAUCAAAUUGAUGGCCAACAAACGGAUUUACCAUCGACUUCUACAUCGCAAUUACCUAUUCGUGGAUACACUCCAUCUCCUCCGUCAACUGCUCCAUUACCGAUUAAAUUUCCAGGAAAACAUGACCGUUUUCUAAUGAAUAGUAUAAAAAGUGCUCCGAACUUGCCAUAUUCUAAUCCAGCUCAUCCACGAUUGCGAGACUUACGUCUUCCACUACAGUCUUCUUUGCGUCAACAACAUCAACAUGCUGUAUCUGUGGGUACUAGUAAUGAAAAUAGCAUUACAGAUAGCGCAUACGUUAAUCCACCAUCUUCAACUUCACGAAACAUUCAUAAUAUUACACAAUCCCACAGUUCAAGAGGUCGGAACAGACCUCGCUCAUUUGUUAUUGAAUCGGGACGAGUAUUGGAACUAAGAAAAAGCCACGUCUCUCACCGCCACCAUGUGGGAAAUGACGGUCGCAGGCCACAUAAUUAUUCCUCGACCGAAAGCAUUGCCACAUCGAGUAGUGGUGGCAGCAUGGAAUCUUUGCGGUCGAGUACCAGUGAAGGAAAUAGAAGUACUUCCAGUUCAGAAUCAAGGAACUCAACCUCGUUGAGUUCACAUAGCUCUGAAUCUGGUAGCUCGAGCGUUGCGCUCCCUUUGCGAGCACCUAUUGUUGUCCACUCAAAAUUACAUAUCUUAAGUCCAAUAUCAGACAAGUCUUCCCAAGAACCAGCUUCCGAAUUGUCAGAACAAAAUAAAACUCAACAUACCUCCCCUGAGGAAAUUACGCAAAUUGGUCAACAGCUCCAAACAGGUUCCCACACUUCAACAUUAAAUGUUGAAAUUACAAAAACCCUACAACAAACAUCGAUAGAUAUAUUAAAGAAAAAGAAGCUGCCCGCAAACAAAACACUUCUCAAUUUAACCGAUGAAAUUAUUGGUUCGGACAGUGGCAUUUCACUUCACUCGCGCGAAGACUCCAAAUUGAGUGCUGGUAUUCAAAAUUUUAGUCUUUCAAAGCUUAACUUCCCACAGUCUGACAAAGUAAAUGAGAGUAGCACCAGCGCAGCUGCGACUGCUGGCCAUUCAUGCGGGGUACCCAAAGACUUACGUGAUUUACCUUUUGAUAUGCCAAAAUUAAGACGAAAAAAAGCUCUGCAACAGGAAGCUUGUACAUCCGGAAGUGCCACAUCUGUGGAUUUGGGCGAGUUACCAUUUGACAUGCCGAAACUGAGAAGACGACUUCGCACGAAUCAAACAGAAACAGGGCUUUUGUGUCAUAGUACUGAAUCCAGCGGAUUGUCACAAGCAUCUUCUAGUCAUUCAAUGCGUGAUGAAAACAAAAUCUCCUUAAAGUUAGACGGUGCUAUCUUUCGACAAAACUUAACUUUAAACUUUAAUGAACCGCGACCAACAAAUAAAUUCGGUAGUCUCGACUUACGAGGCCUUUCAUCCAACAAUAAAGAACUCAAUCUUAACAUAGGAAAAGGCUUUACAUCGGCUGUCGAUUUAAUUGACAUUUCCAUACCACUUGAGCGCCAAGGUUGGUAUCAUGGAGCCAUUACUCGCAUCGAAGCAGAAAAUACCUUACGGCCACUCAAUGAAGGAAGUUUCCUUGUGCGUAACUGCGAAUCCACCAAGCAAGACUAUUCACUUUCACUUAAGGGUGCCAAAGGAUUUAUGCAUAUGCGUAUCCAACGCAACGAAUCAGGCCAAUACAUUUUAGGCCAGUUUAGUCGUCCAUUUGAAGCUGUUCCCGAUAUGAUCCGACAUUUUUGCUUAAAUCGCUUGCCAGUUCGUGGAGCCGAGCAUAUGUGCUUAAUUGAGCCAGUCAUAGUUCAGUUAUUAUAGGCCAUUACAAGAGAUAAUUUUCGAUAACUAUAGAUAUGUGCAUAUGUUAUUAAACAUAUAAUGCAGUUUUUAGUUGUUAAUAUACGCAUACAUAUACAAGAAUGUAUUCACGUUUACUGAUAAAAUUAAAGGAACAGAAAACGAUAAAUAAUAAGACAAUACCAGUAAAAUAAUACGAUUGCAUUAAACCCAUAUGCAAAUAUAUUUAUUUAAUAUGUAUGCAUGUGUUCCUAGGUGACAAAAAACUAUUGCCUUUGCACCAGGAGUAACGUAUCAAUGACAUACAUGCAUAUGUAUAGUCACACGCUUACGCUAGAAAAUAGGAGGUGACUUGAGGAUAAGCAGUUAUUAUAAUUCCAAUAAAGUUAGAUGCAAAGGAUCAAAACAUACACAUGCAGAAGUACAUUAACUUCCACUCACACACACUAAAUAAAGUGUACAUAUACACAAAACAUAUUUAUUUACAUUACUACUACAUACAUAUACUAUAUAAGCACUAUUUACAUGAAUGCUAAUAUGCGAAAGCGUCAAGACCGCAAAAUCCAUAAUAAAUUUACGCACAUAUUGAAAUCAUACAUAUACAUAAAUAUAUUCAUAUAUAUUUGAAAAAAAAAUGUUUGAAAGUAUUUGUUAUUAAUUUUAAUUUAAUUCUCACAUUAAAGAACGAACUUGUAAAUAGAGUUUGUUACUUGCACACUCGUGUGUAAGUUUCGUUGAGCAGCUCAAAGAGCAAAACUAAUCUAGAUACAAAUUUAUAUAAAAGUUAUGUGCUAUUAGGCGCUUAUUAAUAAAUCUGAUUUUAGUGCAAUAUUUGUUUAACUUUAAGUAUCAUAUAUAUUUUCAACAAUUUUUAAUAUUUAUAUUGAAAUUCAGUACUGCAUUUUGAAUGUGCAAUAACGCAGUUGAUUUUAUAAUUAUAUUGGUUAAUUUCUCAGAAAAGACCAUGUUUACACGUCUGGAUGUAUUCAGUGCAUUUUGUUACAAAAUAUCAUAAUAUUAUAUUUAUUUAUGAUAUCCACUUACUACUUAUUUUUAGUUCUAUAUACUCAACAAGAAUAUAUAUUUAGUAAUUCUGUAUUGAAUUUAAAGAGAACCGAUUUUGAUUUAUAAUACAAAUAAUCAAUACUGAGGGCAAUAAGUAAAGCACAACAUUCUCUGAUAUGCACCUUAAGAGUUAUAAAAUUUUAUCUAUUCAGCAAAUGGAAAUACUAUACAACGUUACAAAUCAAGAGAACUAAUCAUCGAUAACAAAAUUUAUGAAUGUACAUUUGUGCAACUAUAAUACAAAUAUCUAAUUUUUCGUUUUCAAAUAUAAAAUUGGAACUAGUUUUAUAAUAAUACUGCAAUUUACAUGGAAGGUAAUAAAUAGAAAGGUUUUGUUAAAAUUCUUCAUUAUAUAUUGGAUCUGUGUAUAUACAAUGAAAAAAAAAUAUUUCUAUAAAAUUGCUGGUAGAAAUAGUGAUAUUAGUAUAAGCUUUUGAGUUUGAAAAAUAAUACAACCGAAACACUUUCAAUUAAGUACGAACCGAGUAAAGUUUUACUGCUGCAAGUUUUAAACUUUUGGUAAAAAGGAAUAAUGUAAUAAGACAUCAAAAUAUUAUUGUAUAUGAUAUACAUAGUUAUGAGCGCAGAUGUGCUUAGAAAAAUAUUUAAAAAAAAGCAGUUUUUGUUUGAAACAUUAUUUUAGAGAAAAAACAAACUACUUUUGAAAACAGUAGUAUUUUAAAAAAAUACUUGAUCGAUAUUCUUGCACACAUACUCAUAAUAUACAUAAGCCAAUAAUGUAUAAAUAGUCGUAGAUAUUCAUACUAUAAAUAAAAACAUAUUAAUCAAAGCCAUUUA